AUUGGCGUGCGGUGGUGGAAGACUGGAAUUGGAGGCCAAGCCAUUAAACUCCACAGCUUGCUUUUGCUUGACCACUUUCAAGCUGCACACCUUCACCUGCAGAGCGAAUCCCACUGUAGUCUCAGAGAUGGCGGAGGAGAAGGCGGCGGCGGCGGCGCUGGAGGAAGCGACUUCGGAGGCGGCUCCGCCGGUGCCAGAAACGGUGAAGGACGUCGAGGAGGAGAAGGCGGCCAUCGUGCCGGCGCCGGAGGAGAAGCCAGACGUCUCCAAGCCCCUCGCUGACGUUCUAAAGAUUGAGGAACCUUCAGCGGACUAUGGGUCAACUGACAGAGGUGCCACCCUUGCAAGGGUGCUGACGGAGAAGAGAUUGUCUUUGAUCAAGGCAUGGGAGGAAAAUGAGAAGGUCAAAACAGAAAAUAAGGCUGUCCAGAAGAUAGCAGAUAUUGUUGCCUGGGAGAACUCAAAGAAGGCAGGAGUAGAAGCUGCGCAUAAAAAGAAAGAGGAAGAACUGGAGAAAAAAAAGGCUCAAUAUGCAGAGAAAGUGAAAAACAAAAUUGCCUCGAUCCACAAAGAAGCAGAAGCGAAGAAGGCGAAUGUCGAGGUUAAGCGAGGCGAAGAAGUGCUAAAGACAGAGGAGACGGCAGGGAAGUAUCGCUCGGCCGGGUUCGCUCCGAAGAGGAUAUGGGGAUUUUUGGGGGGCUGAAACUUGACUGGUGCAGGAUAAACUCAACAUAUUACUCAAACUCUAAUUCUGCUUAGCAAUUCUCGUGCCUUUGUGUGUGGUGACAAUUCUUCAAUGCAGCUUCUAUUGGUUUAUUGUAUUGAUUGCUCGGAGAUUGGUUGGCUUUCUAGUGUGUGUGUGAUUUGUUAACUGUUGUAUAAUUGUGUAUGAUGUAGUUUACAUGAACAGAAGCUCCUUGUGCAAAAAGUUUACUCUUUUAUUUUUUGGGUUUAAAUGGAUUAUUGUGUAUUUAAUCUAACAAUGUAAGUUUCAGUUUAAGAUA